AUGUACUUUAAGAUCGAAGGCAGAAUUGGGAUCAUAAUAUUCAAGGACAAGAUUCUUAAAUCAAUUCUUCAAAUCUCCAAAAUACCUCAGGAUCAGUUCUUGGGAGGAAAAAAAUAAACACCUAAAAAAUCACAGGUAAAUAAAAAACAAAGGCAAGUCUACAAUUUGAUGAUGAAUUUAACAAAAUGGUAGAUUAGAUCUUUAUGGUAAUAAACUAAAAUGAGAGAUGGAUAAUUGAGAAGUGUAUAUGAGGUUGGUAAUGUUGACUAAUGGGAUGUACUAGAUCCUAUGGCGAACUGUAAUAAAGGAAAGCUAAGUGAUGAAAACUAAGCAUUUAAGUUUAUUCAUUGCAAUAAUCUGAAAUAGAUUGUGCAAGAUAUUAUUGGUGAUUAAGAAUAGCAAAGCGAUUAAAUUUAAUUUAGUGAAAACUAGAGUAUGAUAGAAGGAGCAGUUGCUGCAGUCAUGCUUAGAUAAGAACUAAUGAGGAAGAAAAGAUUUCUUCAUGAGUUUACGCAUAUCAGUAAUUAGAGUAAAAAUGUAUUCGUAGAUGAUAUUAGCUAAUAAUUAGAGAGAUUAUAUAAAAUAUUGGUUUGA